AUGGAGAUCGCUUCAACGUCCACAAGUGAUGCUGUGGAUGUGCUGAAAAGAUGUCUUGCUGGUGGUACUGCUGCUGCAUUCAGUAAAACUACCACUGCGCCCUUCGACCGCGUAAAGCUUCUUUUACAGUUGUCGAAUACAGAUAAAAAUUAUAUGUUGCAGCUCGAAAAUCAUGGAAGAUCGAUGGCCCACCCAUACAAUGGCAUGCGAGAUUGCCUUCGACGAGUAUCCAUUGAGCAGGGUGUUUUGUCGUUAUGGAGAGGAAAUUGCGCUGGUGUUAUGAGAUGCUUUCCAAAUCAUGCACUCAACUUCGCGCUAAGAGAUUUCUAUCGAAACUUACUGUUGAAAGGCGUUGAUCGACAGCGACAAUUCCGACGUUUUGUUGCGGGAUCUGUUGCAUGCGGAGGCUUAGGCGGAGCCACCGCUUUGCUCUUACUAUAUCCCUUCGAUUUUGCCCGAACUCGACUAGCUGUUGACGUAAAUGCAGACGGGUCAAAGAAAUUCAAAGGCAUGGUUCACUGUCUAGGAACGAUACGAAAACGUGAAGGCUGGCUGAGUUGGUACAGAGGUUUCAACGCUUCGGUUCAAUUUGUCAUCGCAUCGCGUGCUGCCUUUUUCGGACUAUUUGACGUGAUUCGAACAAGUGUCGCUGAUCCGAAGCAAUUGCACUUUUUUACUACAUGGCUGUUGGCGCAGGUUUGCCUGAUUAGCUCUGGUCUACUGUGCUAUCCGCUGGAUACGGUUAGGCGGCAGAUGAUGAUGCAAGCAGGGAAACGUCAGAAGAUGUUCAGCAGCUCUUGGAGUUGUUGGAUGCACAUCGCAAGGAGCAAAGGGUAUCGAGGCUUCUACCGCGGUGCACUGACAAACUCAUUCCGUUCGACUGGUGGUGCUCUAAUCAUAACGUUUUAUUAUGAAUUCGCAAAAUACCUAUAG